AUGGAGGAUCAGAAAAAAUUAUACUGCAGACAAUUCAUUGAAAGAUCGGAGACAAAUAACUUAGAAAGUUUUGUGAGUUGCGUGCGAGAGCUGGAGCCAAAGGUUCGUUGUUGUUACUCAGAUAACAUCAAGCUGAGUGAAGAAGAACAUGUUAGGGUCAUAUUGGUGGACUGCUGCUUCAUAUUAGAGCUUUUACUCAAUUACCAUUUUAACCAGGGGACAAGUCAUGAUGCCAUUUUUCUGUCACCACGGUUACAGACCUAUGUACAAUUAGAUUUGGUGUUGCUCGAGAAUCAAGUCCCUUUCUUUGUUCUUGAGAAGCUUUUCAAUCUAGCUUUUCCUUCUACUUUGAAUAGUGGCAACCCAAGCCAACCUUCUUUAUUAUUAUGGCUUGCUUUUCUUUAUAUGGUUCCUCACAGUACCAUUCCUGGUGAUAUUGAUGAGCUAACCUUAUCCAGUUUUGGUGAAAUAGCUCAUUUCACAGAUUUAUCAAGAAAGUUUCUAUUAGCAUCCUCUCACUUAUUCCAACCAUCAGCCUCUGGAUGCUCAAGAGAAGCACAGCUAACACAACUCUAUAGUGCAAUUGAGUUGAAGGAAGCAGGAGUGAAGUUUGAGGUAAACAAAAAUAGUAAAUGCUUAUUGGACUUGGAAAUUUCAGGUCAUACUCUCAGAAUUCCAUUUACUAGAGUGCAUGACUGGACUGAAGUUGUUUUGAGAAAUUUGUUAGCUUUUGAGCAAUGCCAUUGUAUCAGGGAAUCCUAUCUCGCUGACUAUAUCUUUUUCUUGGAUUUUCUUAUCAACACAGAAAAAGAUGUAGAUUUGCUGAUUAAGAAAGGAAUAAUUGAGAAUUGGUUAGGUGAUAGCAAUGCAGUGGCUAAAAUGUUCAAUGGUCUUGCAGUGAAUCUUGUGAAUGUAGGUUUUAAUGUGAAAUAUUCCUGUAUUUUUAAAGGCUUGAAUGCUUUCUGUAAGAAACCUUGGAACAGAAGAGUAGCAACUUUGAAGCGCGACUACUGCAACACUCCGUGGAAGACGGUAGCUUCCAUUGCUGGAAUUUUUCUACUUAUUCUCACUGUUAUUCAAACAGUGUUUUCUAUCCUACAAGGAGUACAUUAG